AUGACUACUAAACCAAAGUGCAUUGACAAUAUCAACCAAAGUGCAUUUAUAAGCGGGAGGAAUAUACAAGACAAUAUUCUGGUAGCCCAAGAGCUAUUAAGAGGAUACAAUAGAAAAGGGGGUCCUAAGAGAUGUUCUUUGAAGAUUGAUAUUGCUAAAGCAUAUGAUACUGUUAGUUGGGUUUUCCUUGAGACUAUAUUGACUAAGUUUGGGUUUCAUAAAAAGAUGGUUAGUUGGAUAAUUACAUGUGUUACAUCAUCUGCCUUCUCUGUGUGUGUAAAUGGUGGAAUUCAUGGGUACUUUAAAGCGGGUAGAGGAUUGAGGCAAGGGGAUCCUAUUUCUCCAUACUUAUUCACUUUGGUUAUGGAGGUUUUUACAUUGUUGAUGGCUAAGAAUGUGGAGAGUGCAAGUGAGUUUAAAUAUCAUGCAGGCUGUGCUGAGCUAAAACUGACCCACUUGUGUUUUGCGGAUGAUUUGUUGGUUCUUUGUUAUGGUAGUGUUAAUUCUGUUAAGGUGAUUAAGAAAUCGUUGGAGGAGUUUAGUAAAGUUUCCGGGCUGGCUUCUAAUAUGAGUAAAGUACUAUGUUUUUUGGGAAUAUUGAUAUUGGAGAACAGAGAAGAAUACUUGAGGUUAAAGAGCCAAGGUGGGUUGGGUUUGAAGAAUUUAAGUGAUUGGAAUGAGGCUCUGCUGGUCAAGCAUAUAUGGAAUAUUAUUAAUAAAAAGGAAAGUCUAUGGGUGAAAUGGGUUUAUGCAGUUAAGCUUAAAGGGGGAAGAAGUUUUUGGGAUAUUGAUAAUGAGUAUAGUGACAGUUCUUUGUGGAAGAGCCUGCUUGAUUUGAGAGAUAAGAUUAGGCCUCAUAUCAGACAUAAAAUCGGGAAUGGGAACAAUACCUCUAUCUGGUAUGAUUGGUGGCACGAGAGUGGUCCUUUGUGCAAUAUUAUUAGCCGAAGAAAGAUACACGAAGCUGGCUUUGUAACUACUAUGAAUGUAGCUGAUAUGGUGACUACUAAUGGAAGGUGGAACUGGCCUGAUGAUUGGGUCAAUCAAUACCCAAUUUUAGCUGAGAUUUCAAGGCCAACUGAUUCGGAUACAAGGGAUAAAGUGGUGUGGAAAAAGAACAAUGGAAAGGAUGUGGAGUUUUCUGUAAGCAUUGUAUGGGAAGAUUUAAAGGAGAAUACAGGUGAUGUACACUGGAGUAAGUUGGUUUGGUAUUCUCAAGGCAUCCCUAGUAAUAUGUUCAUUUUAUGGUUGGCUGUUCAAGAAAGGUUGCUGACACAAGAUAGGAUUAUGGUUUGGAACAAGGAUGCCAAUAUGAGGUGCUACUUUUGCAAAGAAUAUGUUGAAUCACAUCAGCAUCUAUUUUUUCAAUGCAAGUAUUCAAAUAACGUGUGGAAAGAAAUGUUAAAGAAGAACUCUAUUCAAGGGAUGCCUUGCAACUGGAGAGACAUAAUUGCUUUUAUGUCUUCAAAUUGCAGUAAUAAUACUAUUGCUAAUGUAGUGGGAAAGCUAGUUCUUGGGGCUAAGGUCUAUUACAUUUGGCAAGAGAGGAAUAGAAGGUAUGUUUGUGGUGAGGAAAGAAGUGAAAAAGUAUUGAUCGAGAACAUAAGUGAAGUUAUCAAGCUGAGACUAAUGGGUUUGAAAGUAAAGGAUACCGCCAAAGUUAAGGAGGUGUAUAAGAAAUGGGGCAUUCAACCGAAUAUAGUUGUUAAAAUUGAAUGA